AUGGAGCUGGAUGGAGGCAAAACAGCUGUUGGACUUAUCCAGAUCGCAGCAAAAUCUCUACCAGACACAGAAAAAUACAGGAGUUUUCAAUUACCACACCAGGUAAAACAGGAACUGCGCUGGUGGCUUCAAAAUUUGACAAAAACGUCGACAAUACAAACUGCCCCACCAUCAGCCUUCGUAGCCACCGAUGCCUCGGACAUCGGCUGGGGCGCAAUAGUAGACAACAAACAUCUGUCAGGUUGCUGGAACAGCUCUCAGGUACAUUGGCACUGCAAUCGAAAAGAGCUUUGGACACUAUUAGAAGUACUGCAAAGAGAGUCGGAACAACUCCGAGGAAAAACCAUUUUGUUUCAAACAGACAACCGGACUGCAGCCUCGUAUAUACGAAAACAAGGUGGUACAAAAUCCAUGACUCUCCUGAACAUCGCAACCAAAAUUUUGAACUUAGCCCUACUGCACGAGAUCACAAUAGUACCAAAGUAUCUACCGGGCAGGUACAACGGUCUUGCCGACAGUUUAUCCAGACUGAAAACUCAACAGGAGUGGCACCUCGAUUCAAUGACCCAGCAAGCAAUUUUCCAAAGGAUGGGGCUUCCGACAAUCGACCUGUUUGCGACAAACGCGUCCGCAGUAGUCCCCAGAUACGUAAGCGAGGACCAGAAAGACACCAUGAGCGAGUUCACGGACGCACUCAGCAGACCGUGGAAUUACGACCUGGGUUGA